AUGUCCCCAGCCGGCCACACCACCACCACCACAGAAUCACCGCCGGAGAACACAGCCGGCGGUGGUGAGCGGGAAAUCUUCUUCAACCACUCAUACCUCAGAACAUAUGAAGGAAUACUCAAGCUGGCCCAACUAGUCAUCGCAGUGCAGGUGUUCGUCUCUGUCAUGGUCUCUGAACACCCUCGCGGCGGCACCUCGGACUGGAUCUCCUUCUCGUCCAUGGGCAGCUUCUGGUUCAGUGACAUGUUGUUCGUGAUGUACCUCGUCAAUGCUGUGGUCGUCCUCACUGACGUGCCCUGUGGAAUGCCGCGCGGGUGUCGCCUUCAUCGUCGCCGCCUCCCUCACCUGCCUGGCCACCAUCGUCUUCGGCCUCACCGCCUUCCUGCUGUACACGAAGCGGAGGGCGGGAGCGCUAUCCUCUGCCCAGCCGCUCCGCGCACACACCGACACCUCAAAUGUGAAGUUCUGGCUGCACUAAGGUUUUUUGCAAGUGGCAGCUUCUAA